AAUUGAUGGAUGUUAAGGUAUUCGAUCAAGAAUUGGAUGCGUUGGAAAUACAAACAGUUCAAAAAGAAACGAUUCAUCCACGUAAAUCGUACAAGAUGAACAGUUCAUGUGCUGAUAUCCUUCUCUUUGCACAAUACAAAUGGCAUGUCUCAAGACCAUCGCUUCUCGCUGAUUCAAAAGAUGUGAUGGAUAAUACGACAACACAAAAGUAUUGGUUGGAUAUACAGCUGAGAUGGGGUGAUUACGAUUCGCACGAUGUGGAACGUUAUGCACGUGCCAAGUUCCUCGACUACACCACUGAUAACAUGUCUAUUUAUCCGUCACCGACUGGCGUUUUGAUU